ACAAACAAGACGAUGCGUGCAACUAACUCAGGUGUGAGGAUCAAGUUAUGAAAGUGGUUGCUGAGAUACGAUCAAGAUGAAAGAGAUAAAGAAAGUUUGGCUCAUCUUCAUCUGUUUUUCACUGCUUCACGGUUUUGUUGCAGCAUUAAACUGCACCAGCCCAACUCCUGAAUCCUUGCUUGAUGCACUUAAGAAGGAAGUAUUUACUAAAAAACUACUGCGACCUGUAAAAAGAUUUUCAGAUACACUGAAUGUAUCCCUGACUAUGAGGGUGGCGGGAAUUAUAGGAGUGAAUGAAAAAGAACAGACCUUGACAAUACUGAUAUGGCAAAUCAUGGUGUGGCCUAUAGACGGACUAAGCUGGGAUGAGAAGUUAUGUGGAACUGCAAGAGUCUCUGUCCCUCGGAAAGAGCUUUGGAUCCCAGACAUCUACAUCUCACAGUUCAUGGAUGAGGAUGAAUCUCCCAAAACUUUCUAUGUCUACCUAGACAGUAAAGGUCAUGCACAUGAUGGUAAGCCAGUCAGAGUAGUCAGCGCCUGCCGAUUUAAUAUCUACACUUUCCCCUUCGAUGUCCAAAACUGCACUCUAACCUUCGGACCAUAUCUACACUAUGCUCAAGAUGUAAGGCUCGUUCAAAUCAACACGGCUGCAGAGGUCCUGGAAGAUUCCCGAAAUGUGAUUUACACCAGAGGGGAGUGGGAACUUGUAGAUAUCCAAGCAGUUACAAACAUCCUCGAGUUAUCAGAGAAAAACUACUCUGAGCUCAGAUACUAUCUCAUUUUAAGUCGCAGGCCUCGCCUCUAUAUCGUGAACCUUAUUAUACCCAGCGUCUUCCUGAGCAUAUUGGAUCUCUUCAGCUUCCUGCUGCCUCCCCAGUCUGUCGACCGGUCUGCCUUCAAAAUGACCCUCAUCCUGGGCUACACAGUUUUCUUAAAUAUGAUGAGUGACCUGCUGCCUGUCACUGGAAAUCAAACCCCUCUAUUGAAUGUUUUAAUCUUAGUAAGUUUCGCUCUGAUGGUGGUCAGCCUGUUGGAGACGGUGUUUGUCAUGAAUAUCCAGCACAGCUCCAGCCAGUAUAGUCCGGUGCCUCACUGGCUCAGUGUCCUCGUGUUGCGAUAUAUAGCUGUUGCUGUUUGUCUUCCUCCACAAAAGAAGAGUAACCGCAUCACAGUCUCUCUUCGCCCACCUACUGAAGAAAUGAAUACCAACACCAUCUCUUUAAAAGAUCUUCAGAGCAUCUCUGCUGGCGGUGAUACACCUCCAGAGAAACCCCCUCCAGGGCCAGUGCUGGAUGAACUGAGGAAGCUGAGCAGAGAUCUCAUGGCCAUCCGUCUCCAGAUUGACAAUCACAUCCUCGGGAGCAAAACCUCACAGGAAUGGCAUAUGAUUGGGAUUGUCAUUGACCGUCUGCUGUUCGGCUUGUACAUUGUUGUCCUCUCAGUCUGCUUUAUCACAAUUAUAGCUCUGUGGUUUUACAAGACAGAAACCUGGAAGAGUCAAAAACCGUAAAUAUUCAAGCGGCCACUUCAGGUUGUAUUAAAAUGUCUACACGCUGUUCCAGAUGGUUUGUGUGAGCACCCAGGCAUCAUUCAGCCUGCCUUAGGGCCACUGAUGAUCCACAUCUUUGCCAAAUUUUAGAUUAGCGGAAGAGGCAGGACAGCAACAUGGCGGCAGCCAAUGCCACACAUAUUGAGAUUCAAAGCGGCACUUCAGAAACCUAUGCAUGACGUCACCCAAUAGGCUGUACAUUCUUUUUAGUGUCAUUCAUAACUCAUAAGAUUACCUUAGCAAGCUACUGCAUGCCUCUGUAAAAUGUGAUAUGAUUCUCUGUGUGUUUAAUCUGAGUUGUAGUUAUUAUAUACUAGUUGAAGUCAUAUAAUAAAACAUUUUAAUGUAAACCAGUGAUUGUGUACUGUUUCACCAUAACUGCAUGAAGAUUUCCCAUUCCCAAAACAGAUGAGAUAAAUGUGAUAGA